GGCCGCCUUCUCCAGGUAUGGCAGAUGGCCUUGUCCCAUCAUGGCAGUGCGACAUUACACCCUCGACUUCAAGCUCUCUGCACCAGCUGACCAUUCUGCAACUGUUCGUGGCCUGCAGUCUAUAUUUCAAGAGCAGGAAAUGACAGAAACUGUCCAUGAUACAGAGGGGCAUGGAUACGUAGCCACAUUUAUUGGGAAAAAUGGCAGGCUUGCUAUCCUGAGACUACACUUUCAUGGCCUGGUGACGUUCGACUUGCAGUGUUGUGAAGGAGAUGAUUUAGCACAAGUGGACAAUCUACUGAAUGCACUGGAGAAGAAACUGAAGACUCUGCUACAUGGAACUAUCCAGAGGGUGAAGAGGCUUCCUGCACUGCAGUGAGGAGGAGAGCUGGACAGGUACUAGCCGACAGCUGAUGGCAGGCUCAUAGAGUACGACAUCGAUGAAGUUGUGUUUGAUAAAGACUCUGCUUACCAGAACAUCAAAAUCCUGCACUCUCACCAGUUCGGCAAUAUCCUCAUCCUCAACGGGGACAUUAAUUUAGCAGAAAGUGAGUUGCCCUACAAACAGGCCAUCAUGGGCAAUGGCAGGGAGAACUAUGCUGGGAAGGACAUUCUGAUCUUGGGUGGAGGAGACGGAGGCAUCCUUUAUGAAGCAGUCAAGCUCAAACCAAAGAUGAUCACCAUGGUGGAAAUAUCCUUUGGACAGCAUUUGUUAUUAUCUGGACAAUUAGUCACACCCAUGUAG